CCAGGGUUAGUGGGCACCUUCUUGCUUUUUUUACGGCUCUGUUUUCUUUCAAAAAAACAAAAUCUGUUUUUGUUGCCUCCUCUGUACAGCAACACUUGCCCCCCUCUCUGUACAAAUUAAAAAAAAGAACUUUUUUUCGUUCUUUCCAGAUCAAAUCUAAGCGUUGAUGCUCCAAAGUUCGACUCCAAAACCCUAAAAAGAGAGAACCCAAAUCCAGAAUCGAGAAAAUGGAGCAAUUAAAGACGAUUGGGAGAGAGCUGGCGAUGGGGUCGCAGGGUGGCUUCGGCCAAUCCAAGGAGUUCCUGGAUCUGGUAAAGUCGAUCGGCGAGGCCCGCUCCAAGGCAGAGGAGGACCGAAUUGUCCUCCACGAGAUCGACACUCUCAAGCGCCGCAUCUCUGAGCCCGACAUCCCAAAGCGGAAGAUGAAGGAAUACAUUAUCCGCCUCGUCUACAUCGAGAUGCUCGGCCACGACGCCUCUUUCGGCUACAUUCAUGCCGUCAAGAUGACUCACGACGAUAAUCUACUACUCAAGCGAACUGGAUACCUCGCUGUCACUCUCUUCUUGAACGAGGAUCACGACCUCAUCAUUCUCAUUGUCAAUACAAUCCAGAAGGACCUCAAAUCCGACAAUUAUCUUGUAGUUUGUGCAACUCUUAAUGCUGUCUGCAAGCUCAUCAACGAGGAGACCAUUCCCGCCGUGCUCCCCCAGGUGGUGGAGCUCCUCAGCCACCCCAAGGACGCUGUCAGAAAGAAGGCAAUCAUGGCUCUCCAUAGAUUCUACCGCAAAUCGCCCUCCUCUGUCUCCCAUCUUCUAUCCAAUUUCCGCAUGAAGCUUUGUGACAAUGAUCCUGGCGUCAUGGGUGCAACCCUCUGUCCUCUCUUUGAUCUUAUCACCAUUGAUGUGGAUUCUUACAAGGACUUAGUGGUCAGCUUUGUCAGCAUUCUCAAACAAGUAGCUGAGCGUAGAUUGCCAAAGGCUUACGAUUAUCAUAAUAUGCCAGCUCCAUUCAUUCAGAUCAGGUUGCUGAAAAUUCUGGCAUUGCUUGGCAGUGGUGACAAGCGGGCUAGUGAGCAAAUGUAUACUGUUCUUGGUGACUUAUUUAGAAAGUGUGAUCCCUCGAGUAAUAUAGGAAAUGCUGGUCUUUAUGAGUGCAUUUGCUGUGUUUCUUCCAUACAUCCCAAUCCCGAGCUAUUAAAGUCUGCCGCUGAUGUAAUAUCUAGAUUUUUGAAGAGUGACAGCCACAAUCUUAAAUACAUGGGCAUUGAUGCCCUUGGACGACUGAUAAAAAUAAGUCCAGAGAUUGCUGAGCAACACCAACUGGCUGUAAUUGACUGCUUAGAGGAUCCAGAUGAUACUCUAAAGAGAAAAACUUUUGAACUUCUAUACAAAAUGACCAAGUCCUCCAAUGUAGAAGUGAUUGUUGAUCGGAUGAUUGAUUACAUGAUUAGCAUUAGCGAUAAUCAUUACAAAACUGAAAUAGCAUCUCGAUGUGUUGAACUUGCGGAGCAAUUUGCACCAAGCAAUCAAUGGUUUAUCCAGACCAUGAACAAGGUUUUUGAGCAUGCAGGAGAUCUAGUUAAUAUUAAGGUGGCACAUAACUUGAUGCGUUUAAUUGCUGAGGGAUUUGGAGAGGAUGAUGACACUGCAGAUAGUCAGCUGAGAUCAUCUGCUGUGGAGUCAUACUUGGGCAUUAUUGGUGAUCCAAAACUUCCUUCGGUUUUUCUUCAAGUUAUUUGUUGGGUAUUGGGGGAGUAUGGUACUGCUGAUGGAAAGUUUUCUGCAUCGUAUGUGAGUGGGAAAUUAUGUGAUGUGGCAGAGUCAUAUUCAAAUGAUGAAAUUGUUAAGGCAUAUGCAGUUACAGCGCUUAUGAAGGUAUAUGCGUUUGGAAUAGCCGCAGGAAGGAAAGUGGAUAUGCUUCCUGAGUGUCAAUCUUUAGUAGAAGAAUUGUCGGCUUCUCACUCAACAGACUUGCAGCAACGUGCUUAUGAACUCCAAGCAGUCAUUGGCUUAGAUGUUCAUGCUGUUGAAAGUAUAAUUCCAUCAGAUGCAAGUUGUGAGGACAUUGAGGUUGAUAAGAGCCUUGCUUUCCUCAAUAGUUAUGUGCAUCAGUCGCUAGAAAAAGGAGCACAACCCUAUAUUCCCGGGAAUGAACGUUCUGGAAUGUUAAACAUCGGCAACUUUAGAAAUCAAGACCACAAUGAAGUUUCUCAUGGUCUUAAGUUUGAGGCAUAUGAACUUCCAAAGCCAUCAGUUCCGUCGUUGGUUCCUCCAGUGUCACUUGCAUCCUCUACCGAAUUGGUUCCGGUGCCUGAGUCAUCUUAUUAUAGGGAGACCCAACAGGCAUCAUCAGUACCAUCUGUUUCUGAUAUGGGAUCCUCUGAAGUCAAGCUACGACUUGAUGGUGUUCAAAAGAAGUGGGGUAGGCCAACUUACUCCUCUUCCAGCUCCACUUCAGAUUCUGCUUCACAGAAAACAGCAAAUGGGGUAACACAAGUUGAUCGGACGAGCUCUGUGAAUGCAAAAACACGUGAUACCUCUAUUGAUUCAAGGAAGCAACAGGUUGAAAUUUCUCCAGAAAAACAGAAGCUUGCUCAAUCACUCUUUGGAGGUGCAUCAAAAACUGAGCGGAGAGCAUCUUCAGCUGGCCAUAAAGGUACAAAAACUAGCAGCUAUUCUGGAGAAAAGUCUCAGGUAUCCAAAGCAGCGGCUGCAUCUAGGAGUGAAACUGCAGCUGAGAAGACAGUUCCUAUUCAACCCCCUCCAGACUUGCUCGACUUGGGUGAGACAAUAGUCUCUGGUGGCACUCCAUCAGUGGAUCCAUUUAAGGAAUUGGAGGGGCUGCUCGACUCGACCAACGUUACUUCAACUUCCAAUCAGAGCAAUGCUGGCACUGCUAAAGUGCCUGAUUUUACAUCCCUAUAUGAGGAGGGACCUGGAAGUGUGCAGAGAGGAGAUACGGCAUAUUCACUAUCAACUAAUAGCAAUGAUAACCUUUUAUCCGGAUUGUCAAAUGCCAGCAUCCAAAGUGCUCCCGGAGCAACAACAACGCAUGCUACACAAUUUAAUAAGGGCCCUAACCUUAAAGAUGCACUGGAAAAGGAUGCGCUCGUAAGGCAGAUGGGUGUGACACCAUUGAGUCAAAAUCCCAACUUGUUUAAAGAUCUGCUCGGAUAAAUUGUUACGUGGAAAACUUUCACCUGUGUCAUUGAAGCUAAAUGUCAUGUGAUCGAGUUAUGCCUUCAUGGAGCUGGCCGGUUAUUUAUUUGCAUUUAUGCAGUGAUACAAUGUGGUAGUCAGAACUGAAGGCACUUCAGGACAGAUUAAACUGGCCCUCACUGUACUGGAUUCGGAUGGGAGAUUUGUAGCUGUCGCGGGAUGAUUUAUAGGUUUUUUGUAAGAAUAGAUAAAAUUGGUGUACAUGGGGCAUUCCCUUGAGGGAUUCAGUGCUGAAGUCUCCUUGGUUUAGGUUGGCUGGACCCGAAUUGAUAGGUUGAGGAAGUGCAUGUUUUGCUAUCUCGGUACAAUAAUGCUGUAUUUUAUGAGCUAUGAUUUGAGUUUUUCAACUUGUGUAGUACCACCUUCAAGAGUCUUGUAAGUCACAUACUUUUGGGAAUUUUGAGCUAUGGAAU